AUGGCUUGUGAAUUCACCGCCACGACACCUCCGGACUACAAAAGUGUGAUGGCCAAAUUUGAUGCUUUGAUCGCAAGAGGCUUAAUCUCUUGCUACCCGCCGGAAGUAGUCAGGCUCCAAGAUAAAAACUUGCAAACACUAAAAUCAUGUGCCAAGUUUGAAUUCCGAGUCAGUCAAACAUUACAAGCAAAACCUCAGUCAGGGGAGCCUCUGCCACUUAGUAAGGGCAAUACCUUCGGACCAGGAAGUGAUUUGGCACUGGUUCAUGCAGAUUUAGUAUUAGCUGAGAUCAAUAACACUCAUCUGCUGGUGGCCAAUUUGUACUGCGUUAUACGACCCCAGUUAUUGCUUUUGACCAAGGAUUCAUACCGUCGCCAACACGAGUCCCUUGGCGCAGAUGAUUUUGACGUUAUCAAAGAACCGUUCUAUGCCAUGUUCAGUUGUAGUGCAAUGGCGGGAGCCAGUCGAGAGCAUAAACACAUGCACAUUCUUCCCUACGAGGAUAAGAAUGAGUGCACUGGCAUUCCUUCUGUCGAGGCGCAAUUGAGUAGCUUUCCAUUCAAAUACUAUUGGAGUCGCGUGGACUUUUCUGAAGGCAAUUUGCUGCAGAUCUACUACCGCUUGUUGGCAGAUGCAAGGCUGGCACUGAAUUUAGCCCAGAGCGCUACAUGCCCCCAUAAUGUGAUACUCACUCAGUAUUGGCUGAUGGUCGUCUUACGUCGUUCAAACAAUUUCCAUGGCCUGACUUGUAACGCCCCUGGUAUGAUUUGUUCUGUGUGGCUUCAAAAUGAGGCUCAGUUGAAAAAGUGGUCGCAAUUAGGACUAGCUAAAGUCUUAUCUCGCCUAGGUGUUCCGAAAGAUCUAUUUUAG